AUAUGUUCGGAAUUAAUGAAAUAAGCAAUCAAAUGACAAACCCCCCUCCCAAAACGCUGACGCGGCUUUUUCCAGUAUAAGCUGCAAUAAAUGCUCGCCCCUCUGUCGGAAUCCAUAUCGAAACCAUCGCCGUCCCGUCCAAACACAUAAAACCCUAAAAACCCCAGCCAUGGCCGCCGCCGCCGCCGCCGUCUGGAGAAAAAUCUUCCUAAUCCUAAACUGCAUCCUCCUCGCCGUCGGCAACUCCGGCGGCCCUCUGAUCAUGCGCCUCUACUUCGUCAAAGGCGGCGCCCGAAUUUGGCUCUCCAGCUUCCUCCAGACCGCCGGCUUUCCCAUCAUGCUCCUCCCCCUCGCCGCCGCCUACAUCCGCAGACGGCGGCGGAGCGACGGCGCGUCGGCAACAGUUAUCUUCAUGACCCCGAGGGUUUUCCUCGGUUGCGCCGGCGUCGGAAUCCUCGCCGGAAUAAGCAAUUACUUCUAUUCCUACGGGCUCGCGAAGCUUCCGGUGUCGACGUCGUCGCUGAUCGUGGCGUCGCAGCUGGUUUUCACGGCGGCGUUCGCGUAUUUUCUGGUGAAGCAGCGGUUCACAGCGUACUCGGUGAACGCCGUCGUUUUGCUGACGGUUGGGGCGGCGGUGCUGGGGAUGAACGCCGGCGGCGACCGGCCGGAGGGAGUAACCGGGAAGGAGUAUAGUUUGGGGUUUGCGCUGACAGUGGCGGCGGCGGCGGUGGCGGGGCUGAUGCUGCCGGUGGUGGAGCUGACGUACGGAAAGGCGGCGGCGGCAGGGGAGGAAAUUAGUUACAGUCUGGUGGUGGAGUUUCAGAUGACUAUGAGCGCCGUCGCCACGGUUUUUUCUGCCGUGGGGAUGCUUAUCAACAACGACUUUCAGGCAAUAUCUCGAGAAGCAAAGCAAUAUGAGCUAGGGGAAUUCAAGUACUACUGGGUUCUGCUAUGGACCUCCAUAGUUCUGCAGUGCUUCUUCCUGGGCAUGGUGGGAGUCGUCUUCUACGCUUCGUCUCUGCUCUCUGCCAUUGUCAUCACUGUCACUCUCCCCAUAACUCAAAUCUUGGCUGUCGUCUUCUACCACGAGAACUUCCAUCCUGAAAAAGGGGUUUCACUGUUCCUCACUCUCUGGGGCUUUGCUUCUUACUCUUAUGGCGAGAUCAAGAUCAAGAACAUCAAUAAUUCAAUCGAUAAUAAUAAUACUAAUGCCAAUAUGGAUAAUGAUCAUAAUUUAGUUUCAGAAGUAGAGCUCAAAGAUCAUGUGGUCAUCGAUCAAACCAAUUCAAUUAAUGUUUGAUCGAUGUACAUAUAUAUAAUAAAUCAUAUGUUUGUGUUUUUAA